CUCAGCGUCAAGGCCCGACGUGGACUUGAAGCGGGAAAGGUCGUAGUUUCUGGCCGAUGCCUCAGAGCACUGCAAGAAAGGCACGCGGACCGACUGACCUGCGCUCGGAGACGUCGGACCCGUCGCUGGCAUGGCGCCUCGAUCCGGCGCUGCAGAGCGUCUCCCAGUUUGGCCUCGUGACCCUCGCCCCGACGACUCAGCGAGCGAUGGAGAAGCUGUGGAAGGUGCUCGACAGGGACGGCACCGGCUCGUUGACGGCCGACGACUGGAUCACCGACCACGACGGCGUCGAGAAGUGGGACACGCUGCGCGAGAAGCUCGGCGCCAACCAGGAGGUGUUCUCGAUUUCGUACGUGCAGUUCAUCGAGGGCCUCAAGGCGGUCGCGCUGCACAAGCCGAUGGACCCGCCCGCGAGUCUCGCCGCCGCCGAGAUGGCGGGCGAGAUGACGGGCUUCGCGUGGGCGGCGUGGCUCACCACCGCGACCAACUCCGCGAUCCUCGACCUGUGCGAAGAGCUGUACACGGCGGUCACGCGGCAGGCGACCACGCUCUGGCUGACCAAGGAGACGAGGCGGCAGCUCGACGAGCUCUGGCGGCUGCUCGACACCGACGGCAACGGCGUGCUCACCGCCGCCGACUGGGCCGCCUCGCCCGGCGGCGACUCGAAGUGGGAUUUGCUGCGCAAGCACUUUGACCUCAACAACAGCGCCUCCAUCCUCCCGGAGGAGUUUGUGGCGGAGAUCAAAACACUGGCGCUCCUCCAGCCGCUCGACACGGCCAUCUUUGCCAACCCAAUCACCAACCACAGUGACAUGAUGAAGGCACUCAACUCAAGCUGCAACCGCGCGAUGCAGAACCUCUGCAAAGAGCUCUUCAAAACCGUGCGCAGCAGCAUCCAACAGUAAGUGCGGCGGCGCGCGCAAGCGGCCCGCUCUUCCCAAAAGGGUGGUGAGAGCAUGUGAACAACCAUGAGGGGCCGACCAGUGAGCGGCAGCGAAGCACCUCUCUCGGCGGGAGUUGCGACAGAUUAUUGCGACGGCGAGAACCAAGAGGCGCGUGCACGAGGAGAAGGGCGGUGGAUGGUGAGACGGGAGUUGGUGAGUUGAAAACGGGCGCGCGGGCCGCGGCGCAGCCCGCAGGGCGUGGAGCGUCUCUCAUGAUGCGUCCGUCCCAACAGCAACACCACACGAGCGAGAGAGCGCGGAGCACUUUCCCAAAAUGUAGGCCACCUGGCGCUCUCGUCUUGGUCUCUUGCACUGUGUGUUUGGUCAUUGCCACUUGGCGCCGAAGACGGCGAAGUCUUGC